AUGUCUAGCGAGACUGGGACUGUCGACCUUAACAACUAUCUUCAAUCUAAGGAGCUACUCUCUCAACUCAGUUGGGAGGAGUCCUUUACAGGCCCUCGCCACGCACCUGAAUGGACCUCGGUGUGCAAGCUGUCGGGAGCGGUUAUCGGCCGUGGAACCGGCAGCUCGAAACAUGCCGCCCGAGACAUGGCUGCCAAAGCUGCCCUGGAGCAUCUCAUGCAGGAAAAUGCUGAUGAGUGAAGUGCAGCCACGACGAUGUUGACCUGUCCAGAGUAUUGACCCAUUUCUAACAUGUUUCGGCUAUCAUCGCUUGUUUUACCUUCAUUGCUUCCUAUGUUGUCGUUUCUUCGCCUGGCUAUGCCCGGAGCAUAUUAUUAGUUUUUUUCGCUGAUCGUGGCAUUCCUCCCUGGCAUCUUCACCGCGUGGAGUCAUUAUUAUCCGUGUUUGACCGGAAGUCCUCUACAUUCGUUAUCGCUGCAAUAACUUGAUACUCACGGGUCUUAACGUGGUCGUCCAGAUCACGACCAUCUAGUUCGUGUCAACGAUGGUGUGACGGCGCCGAUGCACACCGUCUAAGCAUAGUAUAUUCAGCUAUGUGAACGUGACAACUUUUGGCUAGCCCCGGCCGCGAUAUGUUAAAACGAACAGACUAUUCUUGCGCUAUGCGG